CCGGGAGGGUCCGGAAAGUCCCGCGGGCCGGGGUUUCCCCGCCGCCCCCGGCAUGACGCAGCCAGGCCCCCCGGGGGCGUUCGCUAAGGGCCGGUGCCGGGUGUCCCGCGCGCAGUGCCGCCGGCCGCUCCGCCCCGCUCCGACACAUGGCUGCGGGCCGGGCGCUGCUGCCCGCGGCGCUGCUGGCGCUGGCGCUCAGCCCCGCGGCCGCGCUGCCGUGCGGCGCCGACUGCCCGCCGGGUACGUUCGUAGCUCGGAGCGCCGGCUGCGGACGCGGGGCGGGCGCGCCCUGCCAGCCCUGCCCGGCCGGCACCUUCUCCAGCGCGGCGGGACGCGGCGGCUGCAGGAUGUGUCGGCAGUGCCAAGGACUGUUUGAGUAUUUGAAGAAGUGUUCCUCGACGAGCGAUGCGGAGUGCACGUGCAAGCAGGGCUAUCGCUGCGGCGGCGAGGGAUGCGCCUACUGCGCCCGAGGCUGUGGCGUGGGCCAGGAGAGCACCAGGAACGGUUGCCAGACUUGCCGCUAUGGAACCUUUAAUGAUCAGCCCAAUGGCUCUUGUAAAAACUGGACAAUGUGCUCUGGAAACCAAGUCCUGGAGCCUGGAACUCCAGCAAAAGAUGUCAUUUGCAAAUAUGCUUCAGUUAAUUCCACUUCAGUCACUACUCUACCUACAACAUCUCUCGAAAUUCCAUUUUUUAUCACUGUGCCAGGGAAGGAUGUUCAGACAGACACAAUCAGGAUUUCUCUCGCUGUGGCUGGGCUGUUGUGCUUAGUGUUUCUCCUGCCUUUGUGCAUCUGCUUCAGUGUCUGGCACAAAAAGAAACUACACGCUAUCUUCAAGAAAAUGCACACCCCUGAUCACUCAGUUCAGGAAGAUGAUGCCUGCAGCUGCCAUUUCCCUGAGGAAGAACAAGGUGAAUAUCAGAGUCCUGGCAAAUCCACAGAAUUGAGAGAUCUUCUGGUGAACUAGAAAUUGAACUGUCCAAGUCAGCCACAUUUGAGUUUUCUUUUGGAAUACAGAACAAGAACCUCUUUAUGUAAAUAGAGCAGGGGUCAGCAGCUGAGUGUUAGAGCAGUAAAUAGUCCAGCCACUGGGGAAAAGGUGGUUUUUUUAUAUUUCUUAAAAAAAAAUAAUAAAAACCCCCUCCAAAACA